GAAUUUCGAAAUGACUUCCGACUGAAAAGGAGGUUUUUCCUGUUUGAGUCUUUUUUGUUCUUCGCAAAAACGAAGUGCAGUCUACAUUGAUAUCUACUGAUAAGGCGUUCGCCCGAUACAUAUGCUUCAAAAUUUUGCACCUUUGUGUAGCGUCUGGUGAACCUCACGGAGGAAAUGACUUGGCACGAAUGACGGUAACAUUAUUGCAGUUGUAAUGGACUUUGUUCCUGUAUUUCUUCGUUGGAAUAAUGGAAUAUUAUGAACCACAAAAUAUUCAGCUGAAUGGUUUUACGCCUAUCAAUCCAGACGAGAAUUUAACUGCAGGUCCAUCUGUCGACCGGUACGGUUUUGUCGGAGAUCACAAACAAGCCUCGUAAGUCUACCUGUGUUUAAUUUAUGUUAAUAUAGUUCAAAAUAACUUUCUGCAGUCGAAAGAGCUUACAUGGGUGGAACGUAAGGCUUGGUAAGUAUGUAAUAGCUCUUUUGUAUGGUGAUUUCUGUCAGUCGACUGCAAUCUUGUUAAACGUACGAAUAUUCAAAAUAAGUCAGGGCGCAUUUAGAGCAGGGGGGGGUGGGUAGGGACACAAUCGAAAUUAUACGGCUGCAAUAAAGAUUUUGUUAAUUAAAAUUAAGUUAGAUAACGGUGGGAGCUUUUUAAACCAAGACUGUGCCUUUUACAUAUUUGCCUAAGCUCUAAGCUAUGUUAGCAUGUAGAGUGGUAUGUUGCUUGCACUGAUGCAUUUUGUUUUUGCUUGGAAGUAUUAAGACAAUAGAGACAAUAGACCACAAAAUACCUUUGCAAGUUCAGAUAAAUUAGGUUUUUCUUUCUUUCUCUAAAGGUGAAGUAAUGCGAUAUUUUCAUCCAUUUGAAAGUAAUGUUCUUUUUCUGUUACAAAAAUGAAAACAUUAAACAUCAUAACUUACCCAGCCGAAAAAAUAACUCUUGCAUGCUAUGCAUGCCUAUUUUUUUGAAAGUUGGCAACCUAAAACCACAAAAUGGUCACCAAAAUAAGAUUUUGGCUGUCAUGAAGAAAGGUAAAAAAGGAAACAUGAAGAGGAGAUGGAAGUGCCAUAUUACAUAAUUUUUUAUGUGAUGUUUAUCCCACCUUUUCUUUCCAAAAUAGUGGCCAAAAAUAGAAUUCUAGCUGGCACAAUGAAAGAAAAGAUGUACCUUUAAAGAGAAUAUGGAAGUGCUUUGUUACAUAAUUUUUCAAUGUGAUGUGUAAUCCACCUUUUCUUUUUCAGAAACAGCAAAACUAGUUUACCCAUUGAAGUUAUAAGACAACGAGAGUUGAAAUGGGUGCACAUGUUUGAUGACUGGGAUAAAUGGAUGACCAAAAAGUCCUCAAAGGUCAGUUUGAACCGAGGGGAGUGCAAUUUGGUUUGAAAUAAUAUGCAUGAUUUCAAAAUAAAACACAUGCACAUUUGUGUAUUUGUUUUGAAAUUUCAAAUUUAAUUUCCAACAAGUCUCUUCACAAGACAUAAGAUUUUGAGAAAUUGUCAGGUUUUUUGGUUUUUUCAAGAAAAUGAUUAGGAGCAUGAAGCUGAGUGUACUUUGAUGUACUUUAUAAUCAUGCAACUAGGUGAAGGAAAGAUGCCGCAAAGGUAUUCCUUCGUCAGUUCGUGGGAGGGCUUGGCAGCACUUAUCAGGCAGUGCCGAUCUAAAGAAGAAAAAUGAAGGAAGGUUCCAAGUAUGUUGGAAGGCAACUGCCAUAUAUAUUUUAGUCUCACUAUUUUUUAAUUUAAAUGUUGCUUUCUAGUAAAACUUUAUAAGCCACCUUUUUGUAAUUAAAGAUGGCUUUGAAGCUUGUAGUGGCCAGAUGGUUAGUGUGCUGGACUCUGGGUAUAGAGGUUAUAGUUUAAGACCUUGCUUGGUCAUUGUGUUGUGUUCUUGGGCGAAACACUUAAAUUUAACAAUGCCUCUCUCCACUCAGGAGUAUAAAUGGAUACUUGCAAAUUAUCAGGGAAGCCUGAUGAAAUGCUAGGGGUGACCAUGUGAUGGACUGGCAUCCAAUUUAGGAGAGAGUAACAAUAUUUUAAGUUGCUUCAUGCCAUGGAAGCUGGGAUGAAGCCACUUAGCUUGAGUACAGACUUCACAUUUUAAUUUGAAGUUUGCAAUUGACAUACGACAUAGUUCACUUGGGGCUUAAGGCCAUAUCAUGGUUUUGGUAGCUUUCUUGUUAAGAAGGCAAAUGUGUCAGAAGGUAGAAGUGUUUACAUGAAACUCAUAUGUCAAAUAUCUUGUAAAAAUUUUGUAUUCAGAUAAAUGAAUGAGUUGCAAACUCUCAUAACUAACAAACAGCAUUCUUGCAGAAUCUUAUAUUUUUGUAUAUACAGGUAUUUGUUUGUAAAUUCUCUCUUACCAGUCCAGAUGGCUUCAAAAAAUUGGUCAUCAAUCACACCAUUUCUAUUUGUUAGGAUUAUUUGUAGGGCAGCACAGUGUAGAAAUCAUGCUAUCUUGCAAUAAAAGUUUGUUUAUGAAAUGGUCAAAUUAGAUAUGAGAAUUAAAAUAUUUUUACUUAUUCUAGGAACUAGUUAUGAAAGAAUCCUCACAAUGGCAGGAUGUGAUUACUAAAGAUCUAAGCAGAACCUUCCCAUUUCAUGAGAUGUUUUGUGAAAAGGAUGGGUUGGGGCAAAAGGAUUUAUUCGACAUCUUGAAAGCUUAUGCAGAAUAUGACACAGAGACAGGAUACUGUCAGGUAGAAUUAAUUAUCUUGUUUUUUUUUUCAACUUCCUGUGGUGAAAUUUAAGCAUGAUUUUUAAACCUGAUGAAUUAUUCAUCUGCUGUGUUUUGCACAGGCAAUGGCUCCAGUUGCAGCAGUGCUUUUAAUGCAUAUGACAGCAGAGGUGAGCCAUGAGUUUAAACAAUUCUGCAUUUAGUUACUAUAUUUAUAAAAUAGGUUAAGUAAAAAAUUGAGGCAGGAGUCUUGUGGGAAUUGUCUAACAAUCAAUUUUAUAGUUUCUUUAGUUGGUGAUCAUUUAAACUUUUGUUUACAUUUUGACCUAUGAAACUUAACCUCUCACCUCUACCCUACAGGAAGCCUUCUGGUGUUUGGUUAAAAUUUGUGAAAGCUACAUUCCUGGAUACUACAAGCCCAAAUUAGUAAGUCAAAACAAAUCACCUUAAAAUAUCAUCAAUUGGCUUUUGAGUUAAAGGCUUUCAGUGAAAAGGGAGACAUCCUAAGGAGCUAAUGAGAACUCAAAUUGAAAAUAAGCAAACUGCAUAAAGCACAUGAUAAGGUUUUCGAUCUACUUGAUCAAAAGGAGAGGGGAAGGGGGGUGUAAGUGUUCCAGACCUAUCACAAAGGAAAGUUAGGAAAAAUCAAUGCAAUCUAGGAUUACUUUCAGCUCCCAAUUGAAAUUGCUCCAACAACAUCUAAAUAGUUAUUUUCACUGAAAUGCAGGAAGCUGUUAAAUUGGACGGGGCCAUCUUUGGUGGUCUGUUGGAAAAAAUUGCACCUCAUAUUGCAAAACAUAUGGUAGGUAUUUUACAUUCAAUUUGUUAUAUUAAUGACAAUUUGUCACAUUCAAUAUUUUUAAGCAUGAAUUAUGUGUAGACCAGAAGUAAUGUGAGUAGGGGGAAAGAACUCAUCAUCUUUGGAUGUGACUUUGACCAAGUUCUAUUUGUUAAAAGAAUAGAAAAGCCAAAAAGAACAUGCCAAACUUCAGAAGAUACUGUGUUUGCUUUAUUUAUUGAUUGUGCUUAUUACAAAAUCCUAACCAUGCACACACAUUUCUUAUCUUUCAGGAAAAACACCACAUAGACCCUUUGAUGUACAUGACAGAAUGGUUUAUGUGUCUCCUGGCUAGGUGAGAGUCGUUAACUCUCAAGAUCUGAUUGUUCAUUCUCCCCUGUAGCUGCUACACAUUUCCUUGUAAAUUAGGUACAAGAAUUUGUUGUUAAGUCAAGAUAACAACCUCUACCUGAUAAGUUUGAGUUUUCCCAUUACCUGUUUGAUAGAUAAGAUAUGAGAAUUAUAGGGAGAAGUUGCAUGUUAAUCACCUCUGAAAGUUAAAAGGGAGUCUUCUUAGCCCAAGGUCUGUUCAAUCUAUAUUUGAAUUAUUUUCCAGGAACCUCCCGUUUGCCACUGUACUUCGAGUAUGGGACAUGUUUUUUUGUGAAGGUUUGUGUUCUUGAUCUCUGAGUUUUGUUUAGCUUGUUAGCUUUCUUUUGAAUUAACUGGUUUACAGAUCAGAUUGAUGAAGUGAGGGCCUUUGGCUAUAUGGUUUGAUUAUGUCCUUAUUGUCUCAUUUUGCUUGAUGAUAAGGGAGGUGGGCUCCAUAUCCAUGUUGGGAUGUGGAGUACUUUUAAUGCAGGAAUGUAUGCAUGUCAAUAAAUUUAGUAACAUAGAAUUCAAACAAACAGCUAAAACAAACUUAAUUUAAGGAGGGUAACACACAACUGUAAUUCAACUGAUAUAGUAGUGGCCCUCAAUCCUAAAAGUACAAUAAUUAGAAUUAAAAUGUAUUUGAGGAUAAUAAAACUGGUUGACAGGUCUAUAAGACUAUAAGCUAAAAACUAGAUAAAAUGAAAUAUGCCACUUGGGUCAGGUUAAAUCGCAUUUGGACUGAAAUGUUCUACUUCAUCAUAGCUUGUUAAAAAAUAUUUGUCAAGGGCCUCUCUGAAAGAAGCAACUGUUGUUGCCUUUGUCUUUUGGUUAAUGUGUAGUUGGUUCCACAAUCUUGUCGCAGAUAUGCUAAAGGUCCUCCCACCCUCGGUUUCAUGAUUGAAAUGAGGGUAGGCAAGAUUUAGUUUACUAUAACAAUCAGUUCAUGUGUGUAGGUCUGCUUUCACAAUUCUUUUUCAAUGGAAACAAGGGUGAAUUUCUCAGCUUAAUUGAUAUUUGGAUUGAAUAUGAAGUUGUCAUAGCUUGGCAUUUUUUUUCAUUAUUUAGUUAAGGUAGUCAAAUUUAAUUUGAGAAGAAUUAAAGUGAAAACUGUAUUCUAUUUUAUUCUUUCCUUAAGGAAUAAAAGUGCUCUUCAGAACUACUCUGGCAAUGAUGAAAUCAGCACUUACUCCUAGAGAUCUUCAGCGUUGUCCAGGGUAAGAUGAAAAACCAUGUUGCUGCAUGAUGCAAGGGGAGAUGAAAAGUGGAUGUUUCUGUGUUUUAUUGGCCAUUGAAAACUGAUUCAUGCAUAUAAUUUGUACAUAAUCUAAAUUGAAUCUAAGUUUAACACUGCAAUGCAAAAGAUCUUUUUUUGCAUAAAACAGAGCCUGCAAACAGGUUUCAUGAUAAAGAUGAGUAUUCAAAAUAAAGAUUUCAAAGCUAGUGUAGUGGUUAGUGUCCUUGUUGUCUGAUCUCUUUUGGUGAUCAGUAAAUAACUGUCAACAGGCUCUUUGAGACAAACCAAAGGCUCAGGAACUUACCAAAGAACUUAAUGCAAGAAGAUUCCCUGAUACCAGUGGUAAGGCAACUGAAAGACCAGUUAAUUUUGUACACCUGUAAUUUUACAAUCCUUUUUUUAACUUGGCAACUUACCUGCAAGUGAAGACACAAUGCAAAGAGUAUGAGGAGUAACUCUGAUAUAUUAACUGUUUUAAUUUAUUGUUUUGAUCAUUUUAGAUAAUAACUGGAAUUAGCAUUAUUGUUUACUUGGCAUCACCUCCAAUAUUUUACUUAAAAUGCUUUAAAAGAACCAAGAUCAGAAAUCACAUGUAAUUAAAAAGACUUAUUAAGCCACAGUUACACCACUCAUACACAAAGCUAAAGGAGCUUGGUUGUCCUGUGCUGUGACCAAGUUGCAAUUGGGUUUAGUCUUGAAUCUGAUUGGUUGUUAAUGUGGUGCAAAUUUUCUGGACCAAUCAUAAAGCAAAUAAAAGCAAAUCAAAAGCAGUUUCUUUUCACAUUCAAUUGGGAAUUGCUCUGACUAGACAAACACCAAAAUAAAGCAAAAGGGAACCAGGAUGAUUGAGGAUGGAUGGAAAAGACUGACAUGGUAUACAAACAACCUAGUACUUAACCCUUUAACUCCCAGAAGUGAUUAACAUGUAACCUCUCCCCACAAUAUCCAUACCUUAUCCAGCAAAGAGAUAAUGAGAAUACUCAAACUUAUCAGGUAGAGGUUGCUGUCUUGAUCUAACACCAAAUAUUUCAGGAGAUAAAGGGUUAACACUAGGCCAAAAUCUAAUGCAUACUUUUUAACUUUUUACCAGUCUCUUAGUUUGAAGCUCACCAAGAAAGACCUUCAGAGGGAACAUGCACAUCAGGCAUCUAAAGGACCAAAAUGAUGCCACGCGAUAAAAGAAGAAAAUUUAUGAGUUGUAAAUUCAUUUUUGAUCAGUACAGGGAGGUACUAAGUUCACACUUACCCUGCUAUGAUUAUUUGACUUAAACAAGAAAAGAAAUUUUCAUAUGUUAAAUAUUUUUAACAGGUAUUUACAAAGAAUAGGGAACACAUUGAAUGUAAUCCCCUACCUUUGUAGCCACCAGCAAACAACGCAAAAUUUCCCAAACCUUGACAUAAACAUCAACAACAGUAGCAUACAUUGUACACUACCUGUCCACUUUCACAAUUCUAUCUACAAAUACUUUUCAUUCAAAUAAUUCAUUCUUGUGUUUUUCAAGUUACCUUGUUCCUAUGAAUAGCAAAGUUCCAUUUUCCUGCAUAGACACCUCAUACAACCCACAUUUCCUCUAUUCAAUCAGAAACAUCUGCUUAAAAACUGUUUACAGAGCCCAGUUUACAACAUCAACUCAGUUGAUAAAAUCAAAUUAACUGUAUAUAUCCCCAACCUCCCCCACCCCUCACCGAUGAGACUUACCCCAUUUAGUUUUGGGUUGUCAUGUUAAUGUUUGUGAGUAUUUUUCAGUAGUUUUGAAUUUCUUUUUGGUUCAGCUGCCAUACCCAGGGUUCAGAGAAUAAUGGAAAAAAGAAAACUUAUUUCAAAUUAUUCACUGAGUUGUCUUCAGGACAAGUGGUGAUUACCACUUUCCAGUUUUGUGAAGUGGUAUCUUAAACCAAGUUCGUUCAAUGUGCAGUGUUUGUCCACAUUUAAUGCUCUAUUCUUAAAACCAACAUCAGGGAUUGUUUGAUGAGUUAGGGAUAACUUCAUAAAAUUUUAGAAAUGUGAUCUAUUUAUUUUGUGGCCAAAGAGGAUUACCUUUGUCAUUAAUUUUCUAUCAUUGUGCUUUCUCAAAAAUUAAAUUAGUAUUUUUCAUCUUUUUUAAUGUACAGUGCUGUAAAUGAAUAUUUUGCAGCAAAUGUUGUUGUUCUUGAGCCUCCAUUUUCAUAAACUGCGAGCAGGCCAUCAUUAUUAGUGCAGCAGGAUGCUGGUGUCUUAGCCCACAGGAAGAUUUGAGACAAGUUGGUAAGGGGUUUGCCAAGGCCUCUUGCUGGUUUUUGUUUCUCACAGCUUUUUAUUUCUGUGGGUAAAGUAACACUCAUGCUGAAGCCUGAAGGGCAGGCCAUCAUUUUUACUCUUCUGCUUGUUAUUUCUGUGGGUAAAGUAACACUCAUGCUGAAGCCUGAAGGGCAGGCCAUCAUUUUUACUCUUCUACUGCAAGUUAGCUCCAUAAUCCUCUUUGGUUAACAGUAUUUAUUGAUUAUUCAUAAAUUAAGGUCAUAUGUCUUACUUUAGGUCGAAUGAAAAAUGUGUAAGAAAAUAUGGUAGACAGUUGUUGCUUAAUUGUUCCCACUUAUUUGGAGUAUGAUGUGACAGCAUUUAUAAAGGUCUGUAAUGACUCAGUGUAACAUUAUUUUGAAGUACAGAAAAAAUUUAACAAACCGGUUCCAUAUUGCCGUCUGUUCAGUAGUAGAUCACAGAUGACGUCAAAAUGUGGUAAGUACACAAACAUAGCACAUAAGUCACAGGCAAGUGUGUCACUGAUGUACUCACCACAUUCUGACAUCUUCUGUGUUCUGUUACUGUACAGACCCACAGCAACAUGUAAAUUUUUUUAUCCUAGAUAUGAUAAAACAGCAAAAUGUUGUUAAUGGCAACAUCAUAUUUGGGUCUGUCCUUCAAUAGAUCAUAAGUAAGAACCAGUUAAGCCUUUAACUCCCAGAUUAAAUUUGAAAUUCUCCUUACUCUCAACCAUACAAUUCUAAUUGUGUUAGUUCAGAGAAUUUAGUAUCGGAUCAACUAAUUAUACUCCAAAUUAAUAUUUUACUUUAUUUUCAUCACUUAUCUAGUCAACAUUGUAUUAAUAUUGUAAGGAGAAAUUCAGGUUAAUGAAGGUUUACCAGAUUUGUGAUGUAGUGACAGAAGAUUAAGGAUGAAAGUUUGUAAUCUUGUUGCUUGAUAUUUUACACUCGUAAUUUAAGAUUUGUCACUUUUAAACUUCUGGCAAUCUAUUACCACAUGCUGGUCUUUGUAUUAAAAUGAAAACCACUCUUUAAAUAUGUCAGACUCUAUAGUUAUAAAGAGUUAUAUGAUAUUGAAAAUAGCGAAAUUUGGAACCAGACAUUUUUGAUCAUUGACUGCUGUAAGCAAAAUGUAAGUAAUCAUUUAAACACCUUAAAGUUAAAGCAUAUUUAUGAGUAAAUGAUAUUUUGCAAGGAAAAUUUAAUCUACUGAUUUUUAUUAAAUGAGUUAUUGUGCACA